AUGUCUAUUUCUCUCUCUGGGAAUAACAAUAAUCAGGGACUAUCUCUCUCUCUCUCUCUGGGUUACUAUCUCUUUCUCUCUCUCUCUGUGUUGUACUCUAAUCCGGGACUAUCUCUUUCUUUUUCUCUCUCUCUGUGUUGUACUCUAAUCCGUGACUAUCUCUUUCUUUCUCUCUCUCUGUGUUGUACUCUAAUCCGUGACUAUCUCUUUCUUUCUUCUUUCUUCUCUCUCUCUCUGUGUUGUACUCUAAUCCGGGACUAUCUCUUUCUUUCUCUCUCUCUCUAUGCUAAUCCAGGAGUUAUCUCUCUCUCUCUCUCUCUGGGUUGUACUCUAAAGUGGGACUAUCUCUCUCUGGGACUCUCUAAUCUCUCUCUCUGGGUUGGACUAUCUCUCUCUCUCUCUGUGUUGUACUCUAAUCAGGGACUAUCUCUCUCUCUCUCUCUCUCUGGGUUGUACUCUAAUCAGGGACUCUCUGUAUUCAAGCUGGGUUGUUGUUUUUAG